UGGGCUAUUAUACCUGGAAAAUCCCGAAAGCAAUGGGAAGCAAGAAAAGGAUGUCCCAAUGUUUGUUUCCUAGCAUCAUUUCAAGUCCCACAAUUUGGGAAAUAAGAAUGGAAAUUACAAUAAGUAAUUGAUAAACACUCCCAAGGGCUCCUCGAAGAUCCACGGGCGAAAUCUCUGUGAGGUACAUGGGACAUAGACCGGCAUUGAAACCACAAUUUACCCCGAUGAUCAACCUCCCCAAUAUCAUCAUCUCGUACAAGUUUGCCAGUUUUGCAAAACCCAUCAAGACUGACGCUAUAAAAACCAGAACGUUGUUGUAGAGCAACGCGGAUUUGGGGCCGAAUUUAGUCGAUACCAGUCCACUCAAAACCCCUCCGAUGGUGCCCCCCACGUUCAUAAUGGACGUCAUAACACCCCACAGCACGUUGAUUUUUGACUCAGAUACAGAACCCAGUCGGUCACCCCAUACCGACUCUAUCCAUUCUUUCAAAAUCUUGAAAAGGUUUCUCAUUAAACGGUCGAAAAUUUUCGAAACUUACAGCUUGGGGGACGUUGAUCACUCCGGUGUGGUACCCAUGCUGGAACCCAGAGCCCACUGCUGCAGCGACGAUUGCAAGAACUAGAUUACGAUUGAGACCACCCAUUCAUCGGAAAAAUUGUGACAGUUUGAUUUUUUCACAACCAUUCACAACAAACUCGAUUGAGUAGAUGGCAAAAUUAAAAUGUCAGUUUGUACCAGAUUUGUUUUGGCAAUUUUGGUCACUAGUCUAGGUUCGGGGUUCCAGCAUGGUUAUCACAUUGGAGUGCUCAACGUUCCGGCAAAAGUUCUCCAGAAAUGGAUAAGUCAUAUCAAAAUCCAUGAAGAAGAGGCGGAAGAGCCAAAACGGAAAGAAUUGUCCUUGCUUUGGUCCACAGCAGUGGCAACUCACUCAAUUGGAGGCAUACUCGGGUCUUUCAUGAUUGGCAUCUUCGUUGAUAGUUUAGGUCGAAAACAGAGUCUCCAGUUCAACAAUUUCAUUGCUUUGGUCGCUGCUCCAACCAUGUUUUUUUCGAAAAAGGCCAAGUCGUAUAAAAUGUUAAUCAUGGGUCGAUUUAUAGCCGGAAUCAACUCCGGCCUAAACAUGGGUCUAUGCCAGAUAUACCUAAGUGAAAUUUCCCCAGACAAAAUUCGGGGAGCCGUUGGGAGUCUCUACCAAUUUGCUAUCAGUUGUUCCAUUUUAGUGUCACAAAUUGCCGGAGUUUUCCUUGGAAGUGAAGACAACUGGCCGUAUAUUUUCUUACUCCCUGUUAUCCCAGCUUUGUUUCAAUUUUUUUUACUCUUUUUUUGCCCAGAAUCGCCAAAAUUUCUAAUCACUCAAUUAAGAGAUAGAAAGGCUCUCAGAGCACUAAUGUUGUUACGAAGCGAGCAAGACGCCAUAGAUGAAUUCGAGAUGUUGAAAGAAGAGGAUAGUCUAGCGAAACAAUUACGUGGUUUCUCCCUGAAACAGAUUUUACGAAAUCAAGUCAUGUCCAAUGUUCUGUCUUGUUGCCUUGUUUUAAAUGUAGCCCAGCAAAUGUGUGGCAAAAAUGCCCUUACUUAUUUUUCUGUUGAAAUAAUGGAAAACAUGGGCUUGGCCUCAAGUGCGGUUUAUAGCACUAUCGGAAUGAACAUUUUAUCUUCAAUUGCCACACUAGGGGCUAUUUUGACCGUCGAUAAUUUUGGCCGUCGCCCCCUCAUGAAAAUCAGUUUAAUCGGAACGAUUUUAACAACAUUUUUUUUGUUCAUAUCCCUUUAUUUGGCAGAAAACGUUCUGCACGAUUUGAAAUAUCUUUCUGUUGGUAUUGUUUGUUUGUUUCAUAUUUUUUUUUCAAUUGGCAUUGGCCCAAUCGCUGUGUUUAUCACAGCCGAACUGUUCACUAAUACAAACCGCACCAUCGCAGUGAUUUUAGCAACGGCGACCAACUGGUCAUCGAAUUUUAUCAUAGGACAAGCAUUUCUAGCCCUCGAUGUACAAAAUAAAUCCUCGUUUAGUGUAACACUCAAAAAAUCGUUUCUAGAACGAAAUCGACUUUUACACGUGCUUGGUUUUCCUAGUCUUGGACAUUUUUUUCUUCUUUUACAUCCGCCUCCGCUUGCCCGAAACCGCAAAACUCAGUUCGAUUCAAAUAUUCAAAAUGUACGACAUUGAAGAAAUAAACUUCUCAUAAAAUUUUUGUUUUACUGUCACUUGUCAAUGUGUCGGAA